GAAUCUAUUUGUAUCGAAGCUGACUUGGGUCCAUGAGAUGAAUUGUUAACGCUGAAUGCAAGACUUUCUAUACAGUCAAUUGAUGUCACUUCGAUAUCACUGUGUAUCCCUCAUUUAAAACAAUCUUUGAAUAUAAAUUGCUGCUGGAUGUUGAUGACCUGGUUGUAUAUUUUGAUUUUUUAUUAGAUGGAUCAUUCGUUGGAGUGGUGGUAUAUUAUGCUUUGCCUUUCUUUGCCUGUGACUUGUGAGUACAAUCAUGUACUCUUCUCCCAGUCUAACAGUAAUGAAGGACUGAAUUCAUCACAAACACUCCUCUCCCCGGGAAGUUUCAGCCUCCCUCAGUGUGCAGCUUUGUGUACAGAGCAGCCGUGUUGCCUAGGGUAUCUUUACAAUAGGGACAGCAGGCAAUGCAUUCUACAACUGAGAAUGUCUCCAAGAGGAGACCACUCGAGUUCGACAGUAUUCCUCCCAGAUGACCACGGACUACGACGUUUUCGAAAAGCUUCAGGUUGUGCAGCCAGUUGGAUAAAGUACCAGGAUCAUUGCUAUUACCUAGGUGAAAAGAAAGUCAACUGGACAGACGCCAAGCGGGAGUGUGAGGAGAGAUGUUCACACCUGGUGGAGAUUGGGGACCAAGAAGAGUCAGACUGGCUUGCUUCCACUUUUCUAUUCAAAAACACUUGUCCAAUAAGCCUAUUUGACGACUGUACAGCUUGGACGGGAGGAAGUGAUGUCGAUAUUGAAGGUCAAUAUCGAUGGAGCUACUCCAAUGUACCCAUAACCUUCACCGCCUGGAAUGAGGGUGAACCGAGUGUAGGUUUACCAACGGAAGCAGAGGAAAAAGACUGUCUUGAACUGUUUAGAAAUGGCAAAUGGAAUGAUCGAUAUUGUUUUUACCUUGAUACAUUUAUUUGUGAAAUAUCUCUUGAAUAGUAGAAUAAAGCUUCAAUUGAC